AUGCCGCAGGGAUCCGUUCUCGGUCCGCUCUUAUGGAAUGUGAUGUACGACGGCGUUCUACGACUCGAGUUUGACCCCGAUACCCACAUAAUCGGAUGUGCCUUUCGCACUAUUUCGGACGAAGCUGCCCUUGUUAUAGCGGGACUGAUGCCUAUAGCCGAGCAAGUAACAAUGGCAGAAGGCAUAUUUAGUCGCCGAGAGGAGACCUCAAACGCACCAUCACGUCAAGCGGAGCGCAGCUCGCAAUGGCAUGGAUGCCUCGCUAGGUGGCAGAGCCGCUGUGAUGCCUCCACCAAGGGCAGGUGGACCUGGAAACUGAUCCCGAACAUUGAGGCGUGGCGUCAUGGGCAAGUAAACUUUUACUUGACGCAAAUACUGAGCGGACACGGCUGCAUCAGAAGCUACCUAAAACGUUUCGGGCACGACACCACAUGCUAG